AUGGCUCUGACUACUAUGUUGCUGACCAGUGCUUACUUACGUGGUAGAUGCUGCAUGCACAAACUUUUGCACCCGUCACUUGGACCUCUCCUCAGCAAUUCCACGUCAAAGCUGUAUAGCAGCUACAGGAGGCCAGGGUCACAGCCUGAGAAAAAAACAUCUUGGCAAAAUACUGAUUUCAGUUUUAAGAAGGGCUUUGAUGUCUUAAAGACUCAGCUAAGCAUGCUGAAGAAGGAGACUAAAGGUUACUUAGUAGGACCUGGAGGCCAUCCAUUUGAUCAGUAUCUGUUGGAACAGACAAGGGUGUUGUGGGAGUUUCGGAGCCAAGAAGAUUUAAAUAAAUGGGUUAUUUCCUCUGAUGUAGAGAUUGGAGGGAAAAGUGAAGUUUACCUCAAAUUGGGUAGGAAUAACCAGGCUGCUCUGCUGUAUGGAACUCUCAACACAGAAGUACCUCGUGAUGGGGAGACAAAGUACAGUGGAUAUUGUAGUAUGAGAGCCAAACCACCAGUGGGAUCUUUUGCUAGGAAGAAGUAUUAUGACUGGUCAAACUUCAACAGUCUAUAUUUACGUGUCCGUGGCGAUGGCAGACCUUGGAUGGUAAACAUUUAUACAGACCCUUACUUCUCCCAUCAAAAGGAUGACCUCUACAACUACUUCAUGUUCACCCGAGGAGGCCCAUACUGGGAGGAAAUAAAGAUUCCGUUCUCCAAAUUCUUUCUCUCCAGUCGGGGAAGAGUCCAGGAUGACCAGCAUCCUAUCUGGUUAGACAAGAUUUGUACCCUUGGAUUCACGAUUGGAGAUAAAGUAGAUGGUCCAUUCCAGCUGGAGAUUGAUUUUAUUGGCCUGCUAAACGAUAGAGCUCACACAGAAGAAUUUGCUUAUGAAACAUAUGAAAAGAAUCCUCAAGUCUAAGUUGGGCUGGUGUCCUUUGGGACAUUCUUUAGAUGCUUACUUCAUUUUUAUAAAACACUUCUUAACAUGUGGCUUAUAACAACCUGAAGAUUCUAUGUAAACAUCGAAGAGAUAAGUGCAUGAAGUGUUGACUGUAGUAAUCUGACUAGAGUGACACUGUUGGCAUCUUUUAAGCUGCCAGAAUUCCUGCCAGAAUCCAGGAGAGACUGUUCAUACAUGGACUGGAACGUAGCCUGAGGAGAGCUGUGAUGCAUUCUUACAAAGUAGUAA